ACACAUGGACCCUCUCAGCACAGCAGCCACGAAUUACCGAAGCAGUCAAACUAAAGUCAACAAAACUCGGUAUCACUAUGUUACCCAUACGUUCUUUGGAAAGAAUCAUGCUUAUCAUUGUGCUGUGGGAUCUUUGUAGUUUGUUAUAUCUGGAAGGAUUACCACUUAGCAGGAGGUCAAUCAGUGAAGUUCAGCUCAUGCACAACGUUCGGGAGCACAAGGAGAUGUUAGAAAGACAGGACUGGCUUCAGCUGAAGCUCAACAAUAUCAUCAUACCCUCAUUAAAUGACUCCCAAAAAGGGAAAACCAACGGCCCAUCUAUCAGACGUUUAAGAAAGGGGGAAGGUGCGGCGUGGAUCUUGAACUGACAUUGUCAAAAGUGAUGUUUUUGAAAAGCGAAUGAACUCUAAAUAAUGAAAAGUGAUUUCUCAGUAACAUCAGUGCAGGAGGAGGACACAGUAAGUGUCAUUUAAAAUGUACUAUUGUACUUGGAGAAAGAAAGUGCACUGCUUCACUAAUGUCUUUUUUAUUUAUUUUCACAUAGUAUUUUUAUUUAUUUGUAAAUAAUUGUUGUUAUUUAGAUAUUGUUGCUAUAUGUUAGUUGUUAUUUAUAAUGUUCAGACACUGUAGGACAUACAAAGGACAAUGUCCUUGUAUGCCUCUUUGUUUUCACUGUUUUUGUUUCUUUGUAGUACUGUCAAUAUAGGCCUAUUUGUACUUUUUUUUUUUUUGACAUCCAACAAUUUCAAUAAAAUGUGGACCAACUG